AUGAGAAUACAAUGGCAAUCUGCUAUUAUACUUGCUGCUCUAAUUACAAUAGUUUCAUUACCAUCAACACAUGCUGCUCCACCAGCUAAUAGUACAUCAAUCUCUACACCUACUACUACUACUACUAUCGUACCCACUUCUUCUGGCUGUACCCCUUCAAACUGUGCAACUCUUUGCAACCCAUUAUGUUCUUCUUCCGAGGCUUGUAUUAUCGGGACCAUGAUUAAAUGUGGUGUCUGUCCACAACCCACGUGUGUCCAACGAGCUGUUCUCGGCCAGAGUCCAACUGCUGCAAAUGUCACUACCUUAAGCGAUAAUGGCAAUAAAGCUAGUAACAAUAGUAAUAAUGGUAAUAGCAACAAUGGACCCUUGAUUGGUGGUCUCGUUGGUGGUCUUGUGGGCGGUGCAUUACUCUUUGCUGGCAUUGGGUUUGCUUUCCUUCGCCACAGACGGAAUCAAAAUAGACUAGGAUUUGCUUUCCAGAGCCCUAACCUACCGCGUUAUGAUCAGUCAAAUGAAAGAGAACCAAAGCCUAGAGUCUCUCAAGAAACUGUAUCAACCUACACACGAGCAGUUCCCUUCUCUCGUGCAGAUAGACUGGUAAUUGUUCAUGAGCGUAUUGUACCAAAUGCAGGAGAAACAGACACUCCGGGUACCGACCAUAAUCAGCAGACCGAAGGUCAAUCUCAACCCCAAUCUCAACCCCAAUCUCCCACACCGACCGAUCAUCGUUCCCGCCAAGGCCAUCCAAAUCAAGAUAGAAAUUCACUUUAUGUACAAAAUGAGGAUUUCGAUGACCCUUAUGCAGAUGAUGACGACGAAAGCCGAUGCAGUUCUGUCCAUUCUGGUCAGAAUAUACCUAUAAGAAUGGCAACCAUGUCUCAGGCUGCCAAGAUUGUGUACAAGAAACCCCAGGUUAUGCGAGUGAAUACGAUCAAGAGUAUUGAGUCCAAUUCACAAAAUUCGACCAAUUCACCAGCGUCAUCCCUUCAACGAAGUGGAUCUGUCCGAGCCAUUCUAACCAAAGACAGAGAUCACCCUACAAAUGACUCUAGCCUUGCUCGAUCCAAAACAAUGCCCCUAAGACCAAAGAAGCGCAUGGUGUCACCUACUCCUAACGACAAAGAUAUGUUGUCUCCGCCCGCUCAUGGUAGUAGAAGCAAUAAUAAUACGUAUGCAGCAAAGACCUUUAACCGGCCACUUUCGGCACCUCUCGGAGCAACUGACGAUCCCUUCCACGACCGCCACAGUAUAUACUCUAUUCAAGAAGCAGAAGACAUGCCAUCCAGAGUGGCUUCCUCUAUAUCUUCGUACGGAACUAAGAAGCGUACUUCUUACGAACCAAAGCUUAAAGAUAUGAACAAAUACGAAUCAACCCAGUCUAUGGGUUCCGAGUUUGGGUCCGACUUCCCAUGGCCACCAAUGGAAAUGCCCUCCCCGACUGCAGAGAAAGCUAAUCAUUAUACUUGA